UCACCUAUUGCUGCGACGCUGGCUAUCGCAAGCUGGUGCUCUCUGCUGCACGCCCCCAGCUGCUCGUCUCGCAAACCAUUACGGGCGCCCGCUCUCUUCCCGCCAUACAACGCGCACCAAUUCCGCCCGCCGCAGCUAUGGCCCCAUCACGAACGAGCCAGAAAUGGGGCACAGAAUUCGACACUGUCCGCCGACAGAAGCUGUUUCAGAAUCCGCCCACUGACCGGACUGCCUACCCGGCCCUCGUGGAGGCCAUAAAACCUCACAUACAGUCUUUCAACACCAUCCUCGAACGCGGAGGUAUCCUCGACCAUGCCAUCAAGGACAUUGGCACCAAAGUGUUCCUCGAUGGAGACCCAUACCUGGCGGACGCCCAACCCCGGAACAAGCUCAGUGUUCGGAUACGCGAUGUCUUCGUCGAGAAGCCUCAAUUACCACCUACGAACAAGUUUGCGCUCAACGAGCGGAGGAUCAUGCCGGCUGAGGCCAGAGAGCGGCAUGGCACCUACAGAGGCCGCAUGUCAGUGCGGCUGGAAUACAGAAUCAACGACGAUCCAUGGAUAGAGACUGUGAGGGAAAUGGGACAGGUGCCUAUCAUGCUUAAGUCAAAUCGAUGUCAUCUCGAAAACAUGACACCCCGCCAACUCGUCGAUGCGAAGGAAGAAUCGGAGGAGCAGGGUGGAUACUUCAUUGUCAACGGCAAUGAGAAGCUUAUCCGCAUGCUCGUGGUGAAUAAGCGGAACUACCCAAUGGCCAUCACUCGAUCCUCUUUCGCAAACCGUGGGCCUACAUACUCUAAAUUUGGCGUACAAAUUCGAUGCGUACGGAAAGACCAGACAUCACAGACCAACGUCCUACACUACCUCAACGACGGCAACAUCAACUUCCGGUUUUCGUGGAGGAAGAGGGAAUACUUGGUGCCCAUGAUGAUGAUCCUGAAAGCACUCGUGGAGACCAACGACCGAGAAAUCUUCGAAGGAAUCGUGGGCGCUGCUGGGUCAAAAGGUCUACAAGAGAAGCAAUUCGUGACCGAUCGACUGGAGGUCCUUCUGCGAACGUACAAGGUAUUCGGAUUGCAUGGAAAGGCCAAGACAAGGGCACAUCUGGGGGACAAGUUCAGACCUGUCUUGAGAGUUGCAGAGGAUAUGAGCGAUGAAGAUGCUGGUACCGAGUUCCUAAAAAGAAUUGUGCUCGUUCACUUGGGCGACGGCAAAGUUACGGAUGAGCAAAACGCCGACAAAUUCAAGCUCCUCCUGUUCAUGGUCCGGAAGUUAUACGCGCUUGUAGAAGGAGAUUGCGCCGAGGACAAUCCGGAUGCUGUUCAAAAUCAGGAAAUUCUCCUAGGAGGCCACCUAUAUGGCCAGAUCCUGAAGGAGAGACUGGACGAAUGGCUAUUUUCGAUCAGACUCUCGCUCCAGAAAUGGGGCAGGACGAGUAACUGGCUCUCUUUCACAUCACCAGAAUUCAAGAAAGAUUUCAUCUCAAAAGUAAUACGGAAAACUAACGAGAACAUUGGUCAUGACAUUGAGUACUUCAUGUCUACCGGAAAUCUCGUUAGUACCAGUGGCCUGGAUCUUCAGCAAACGUCUGGCUUCACGGUUGUUGCUGAAAAAAUUAAUUUCUAUCGAUUCAUAAGUCAUUUCCGAAUGGUCCACAGAGGAAGCUUCUUUGCACAGCUAAAGACAACAACUGUCCGAAAAUUACUUCCGGAAAGUUGGGGCUUCUUAUGCCCUGUACACACGCCUGAUGGAAGUCCUUGCGGUCUGCUUAACCAUUUUGCACACAAAUGUGUCUUAGCUACCCACAACGUCGACGUUUCAGCAAUUCCACAGCUUGUAGCCCAACUAGGAGUCACCAGCAAGUCGUCAGCAUCACUUGACGAAAGCGUUGUAGUGCAGCUGGACGGCCGUGUUCUAGGAUUCUGCACACCAAAGCAGGCCAGAGUCAUUGGGGAUACGUUAAGAUAUUGGAAGGUAGAAGGCACCCACAACGUCCCUUUGGAGCUUGAAGUCGGCUAUGUCCCAAAUUCUAACGGUGGCCAAUACCCUGGAGUCUACAUAUUUUCACAGUCUGCCCGGAUGUACCGACCAGUCAAGUACCUACCACUCGAAAAACUUGACUACGUCGGACCAUUCGAGCAACCGUACAUGUCCAUCGCAUGCACAGAUCCAGAAAUCGUGUCAGGAGAGUCUACGCACGUCGAGUAUGACCCUACCAACAUUCUUUCGAUUGUCGCAAACAUGACACCCUUUUCCGACUUCAACCAGAGUCCCCGAAAUAUGUAUCAAUGUCAGAUGGGCAAGCAGACCAUGGGAACACCAGGAGCAGCAAUACGUUAUCGCACAGAUAAUAAGACAUACAGACUUCAGACAGGUCAAACGCCGGUUGUCCGAGCGCCUCUACAUAACGAAUACGGCCUAGACAACUUUCCAAACGGUACGAACGCCAUUGUAGCCGUCAUCUCGUACACAGGUUACGACAUGGACGACGCUAUGAUUCUGAACAAGUCUUCCCACGAGCGAGGAUUCGCUCACGGUACCAUCUACAAGACUAAACUUUGCCAACUCGAGGAAGGAUCCCAACGCUCCCGCUCGGCAAAAAGUAUCCAAAAGCUAUUCGGCUUUGCGCCUGGCGGACUGAUUCGUGCGCAGUGGCGCGACACGUUGGACGAUGACGGCUGGCCACAUAUUGGCGCGCAACUCCAAAAAGGGGAUAUUCUUGCCGCCUGGCAUACCGUCUCAUAUGAUCCUGCGACUGGGGAUUAUAUCAACCGUGAUGGACGGACAGAAUUCGUAAAAUACAAGGAUGACGAAACCGCUUUCGUGGACGAGGUGCGCAUCAUCGGGUCAGAGAAUGGCAACGAACCAUGCCAGACCAUCAGCGUCAAGCUCCGUGUUCCUCGAUCACCUGUGAUUGGUGAUAAGUUCUCUUCUCGACAUGGACAGAAAGGUGUCUGCUCCCAAAAAUGGCCAGCAAUCGACAUGCCUUUCAGCGAGUCUGGCAUGCAACCCGACAUCAUCAUCAACCCGCACGCUUUCCCGUCUCGUAUGACCAUUGGUAUGUUUGUCGAGUCCCUGGCUGGGAAAUCGGGUGCUCUGCAUGGCCUUGCUCAGGAUUCAACGCCGUUCAAAUUCGACGAGGAAAACACGGCGGUUGACUACUUUGGCCAUCAGCUCAAGAAGGCAGGAUACAACUACUACGGCAACGAGCCGAUGUACAGUGGUAUCACUGGCCAAGAGCUCGCCGCUGAUAUUUACAUCGGCGUAGUAUACUACCAACGUCUCCGUCACAUGGUGAACGACAAGUUCCAGGUCCGAACGACUGGCCCAGUUGACGACCUCACCGGCCAACCUGUCAAGGGUCGUAAGAAGGGAGGUGGUAUCCGUGUCGGAGAGAUGGAACGUGACUCCCUACUAGCUCACGGAACGGCUUUCUUGCUCCAAGACAGACUGAUGAAUUGUAGUGAUUAUGUUCGGACGUGGGUGUGCAGGGCUUGCGGCUCGUUCAUGAGCACCUCCCCUACUGUGAGCCAGUACAGCAGGAGAAAAAUGGGGACUGGUAUCACCAGGUGUAGGAGAUGUGCUAAACGAGCGGACGGGUUCGAGCCUAAGGCGAAGGUUUGGGAGGAUGGAGAAGGCGUUAGGUGGACUGGGGGUGACGACGUCGCUGUCGUUGCUGUACCGGGGGUGUUGAAAUAUCUGGAUGUCGAGUUUGCGAGCAUGGGCGUCAAGAUGCGGUAUAAGAUCGAGCCUUGAGCGAGAAAAGUGUAUGUUUUGGAGUAUGGUGCAUGGGCAUGGGCGUAUGGGUCGAGCAUAGUCUGCAUGAUAUGAAUGAAGAUCUUUACUGAACCAAAAAUGGGUUCAAACGCCU